ACCAUGAACACAGGGUGUACUCUGGGACGUUUUCUGCAGAUGGAAAGUUCCUCAUCACUGGCUGUGACCGCCACAUUUACAUAUGGGAUAUUUCUGCCAUCCUUAAAGAGACCGCUGGCCUUGUAUCAGAUGUUGUAAUCUUACAUACAUUUCAUUCCAAAUGACGCUGACAAUGGCUUCCUCAGGUCGAUGCUACACCGCAACCAGCUCCAAAGAUGAAUGGCGCUCCUCGAAUACCUCCAGGGUUUUUUGACGAUGCACUGCGAGAGGCUAAUUUGCGCAUUCGUCUAUCCCAAUCCCAUGGGCCACCCAUUCCUGUACCACGCCAACGCAGCCUCAGUCGCUUCCACUCAUUCUGGCAUCGCCCAAAGUCACACGGGGAAACUGGGCACCAUACUCGACCUUGGUCCCACCCUCUCAGUUGGACCCGGAACCUGGUAUCCGGUAUACUACAUAGACGAGAUGGAUCGGACAUCGAGCUGCGAGAGGUCGAGGUCCCUUGCACAGCGGGAAAGCCUAAAGAAGCCAACUGCUAGCUUGUCUCGACCUCCAAAAAUCCAUGCCACGCAAAAGUUUAACGCAUCAUCAUCACAGUUACCACCUCCCACUGCCACUACCUCGACGCUUUCCGCCAGCGCUGGUACCGCUGAGGCAUCAGGAACACCUUCGCGUCCUCACAUCACCGGUACUGGAUGGCGCGUUCGUUUCGUGGGCUGGAUUUGCUGCAUGCCCAUUCAGAACACAGACGGUCACCAUUAG